UAUAGGAGGGUAGAAGAUAAGAUGGGCCAUACAAAAAACCCACCCCAGCAUCACACCUCUGCUGGGAGUCCACGUAGAUCACUCAGACAUGGCGAGUAAGAAGGCUUCCAAUAAGAGACAGAGGGGAGGACAGAAGUCUUGCUCCAAUGUCUUCUCCAUGUUUGAGCAGUCCCAGAUACAGGAGUUCAAGGAGGCUUUUGGCUGCAUUGACCAAGACAGAGAUGGUGUGAUCAAAAAACAGGACCUAAAGGAGACCUAUGGACAGCUGGGGAAGCUUAAUGUCAAUGAUGAGGAGCUGGAUGAGAUGUUGAAUGAGGGGAAGGGUCCCAUCAACUUCACCGUGUUCCUGACUCUCUUUGGGGAGAAACUUAAUGGAACCGAUCCUGAAGACACCAUACUUGCUGCCUUCAAGCUUUUUGACCCCAAUGGAACGGGCUUUGUUAACAAGGAUGAGUUUAGACGAUUGUUGAUGAACCAGGCUGAUAAAUUCACAGCAGAGGAGGUGGAUCAGGCCUUUGCUCUGGCUCCUAUUGAUCCUACUGGCAACAUCGACUACAAGUCACUCUGCUACAUCAUCACCCAUGGAGAUGAGAAGGAGGAAUCCUAACAAGGACUGUAAGCCUGUAGUGUAGUCAGGUCAUCUAAACAUGUCAGUAACUGUUUUGUACAUUUUACAAAACAUCAAUGAUUGAUGAAAUCGGAUUAAUUCAACCUCAACUGUUCAACGGUUAUAAAUGCUGCAGCUCUGUUGGUAUUUAUAAGUGGCUCAAUUGUUUGUAUGCUGUUGAGAAUAAAGUGUUUGGCUCCUCAAAAGCUUAUUUGCGCAUGUUGUUGACAACAAACACUGUAUGAAAUAAAAUUGAAAACUCCUUAUCAUGGCUGUGAUACCAAAAUAAAAUCACACAUGAAAAGGUC